UCGACUUGAGCCAUUCUUAAAAUUGGCUAAAGUACUUGCCCGUCUUGUCUGGCCCUGACCGCAGACUAGGUACCAUCAAGCCGACUUCUUGAAGCGCUCACAUUAACAGAUUAUAACAUAAACUCAACCAUGGCAGCCGAGAUGAAGGACGGAAGGUUCGCUCACGACAUCACUGUGGCUCCCCAGACAAACAGUGUCAUGUCUCUCUUCUCGUUGAAGGGCAAGACUGCCAUUGUCACCGGAGCCGCAGCUGGCAUCGGCUACGGAGUUGCGGAGGCGUUUGCGGAAGCUGGCGCCAACGUGGCUAUCUGGUACAACAGCAACAAGAAGGCACUUGAUGCGGCCGCAGAUAUCGAGAAGAGGUACGGCGUGAAGUGCAAGGCAUACCAAGUCAACGUAACUUCUCUCGAAGCCGUCGAGUCCGUAGUCACCGAGAUCAUCAAGGAGUUCAACGGCCGUCUCGACAUUUUCGUCGCCAAUUCGGGAAUCCCCUGGACGGACGGAGCCGCGCUCGACGGCCCUCCCGAGUCGUAUAAGCGGGUCAUGGCCACCAACGUCGACGGCACGUUCUGGUGCGCCCAGGUGGCCGGGCGUCACUGGCGGAGGCAGAAGCAGGAGGGGACCACGAUGGACGGCAAGAAGCUCGAAGGGUUCGCGUACGGCAGCUUCAUCGCGACAGCAAGCAUGAGUGGCCACAUUGCCAACAUCCCGCAGCUACAGGCGGCGUACAACGCUUCCAAGGCGGCUGUCAUCCAUCUGUGCAGGUCGCUGGCUGUGGAGUGGGUGGGCUUUGCGAGAGCGAACACCAUCUCGCCGGGGUAUAUCAGGACCGAUAUCUCGGAGUUCUGCUCGCCCGAGGUUAAGAAUGCUUGGAAGGACAAGAUUCCUAUGGGGUGAGUUUGGAAUACUCCUUUUUUCUAUCGCAAAAGUUGGAAAUCAUGCUGACAAGUUUGAAACAGCCGCGAAGGG